UGCAAUGUACUUGAUAUGCAAAUUUGAUAAGGGUGAAAAUUGUAAACAAACAUGGCGGACGAAGAGGAGGACGAUCUUCUUGUACACGAAGAACUGGAGCAUCCUGAUGAUGAUGCAGACGAGGACAGCGUGGAAGAAGAUGAUGAAGAUGAUGAUGAAAAUAAUGAAAUUGGCAUCUUCGAAAGGUUACGACUGCAGAUCAGAGGGAGAAUAGAUCAAGACAAAGUGAGCAAAAGACCUGAAAAAAUAACUUAUGACCCUUCUCUUCCAACAACACAUGCGUACCUAGGCUCCGACCUGGAGGAGUACAGUGGACGCACAGUGUUAGAUGAUGAGUGUUCCAUAUCGCUUCCCUUGGUUCAGCUUCCAGGGGUGGUCCUGGUACCAGGGGAGACCAUCCCUCUUCAUCUCUUCAAUCCUAGACUCAUCAGCAUGAUGAAACACAUUCUACAGAACAACCGUACAUUUGGAAUGCUCUAUGAUAGUCGUGAUAGAGCAUCAAUACAGGACAGCUCCAUCCCUGAUGUAGGGACGACGGCAGAGAUCUUCAGCGCUAAGGAGGAGGAUGAUGGAGGAAUAGAGACGAUGAGGCUGAAGGCCAUGGGAAGACAGAGAUUCAAAGUGAUGGAGACGAGAAGACAGGCUGAUGGAAUUCUGAUUGGUCAGGUGAUGAUGCUUCCAGAGAGGCGUCUCCCUGAUGUACUAUGCACUGCCAGGAGAGGGUCUCUCAGCAGGAGAAGAAUGAUUCCCCAUCACAUCUCACCCUCUGCAAAGGAUGGUGGUAUGCAGUGGCUCAAGGAGAGAAGGAAACGACACCUGUCUGAGGCCGAUCUCACCUGGUGGCCCCCAUGGGUCUAUGAGAUGUAUGACGCAGAUGCAUUGAUGGUGAAAAUAAAGAAUGAGCUGAGUGGCUGGUAUGAAAACUCCUUGCAACUGAAACAUAUGCCUGCUUCCCCCUCUGAUUUCUCAUUUUGGGUUGCCAGUAACAUGCCUCUAGAUGACCUUCAGAGAAUUGGCCUUCUAAAGAUCGACAGUCCCGUACAGAGACUUAGGAAAGAGCUGGAACUCCUGCAAAAGUGUACUGUACUCUGCUGCAGAGAAUGCAGUACUCAGAUUGCAAACAAGAGUGAUGUAUUUUGCAUGUCCCUUGAUGGGCCUAUGGCUGCCUAUGUGAAUCCUGGAGGCUAUGUGCACGAGACACUAACCGUCUACAGAGCUCAGAAUCUCAACUUGAUUGGAAGACCCUCCAAAGAGAACAGCUGGUUCCCAGGGUAUGCAUGGACCAUACUCCAGUGUCGUACAUGCACCAGCCACAUGGGAUGGAAGUUUACUGCCACAGAGAGGAAACUCAAACCAGAGAAGUUCUGGGGACUGACCCGAUCAGCUCUCCAGACUGGGCUCCAAACCGAUGAAGAGAUGCACAGCUUUCCUCCAGAAUGAACAGUCCAACUUGACAUCUUAAAACAAGACAAAUGUUUUGUUGAAAGGCCUCCUGCCUUCAGAUCCCCUGUCAAGCAGAGCUGACCAUAAAGGACAGUUUAAUGCAUUUCACAUCAAGUUAUUGCUUUGAGCUGUUUUAUCAGCCUGCCUAUGUGCAUUGUUUGGUCAGUGAUAUAUGAUGUGAUAUAAAAAUGCAAACAAUUUUUGGCCAAGUCUGCAUAGUCCUUUGACUUUGUGAUGUUGCUUGUGUUUCAGUCGAUUCAUCCCAAUGAAGAUUUGCUGCACUUUCAGUUGAUAAGCUAGUCAAUGCCAAGACAUCUCAUAACUGCGACUUCCGCACGACUCUUUAUUAUGCUUUCUGGUUGUCCGUCCGUCCGUUUGUAUGUUCUGUUCUCGUGAACGCGUUAUUUCAAGAUCCGAUUGAUGGAUUACCGCCAAACUUGGGUCAUGUAUGUAUCUUGCAGAGCCAAUGUCAUGAGGUCAAAGGUCGAAGGUCAUGGGGCUCAUGUAUGCAAAAAUAGCUUGUGAACGCAAUGUCAAUACUGACAGAUGGAUUACUAUCAAACUCGGGACAUGUAUGUAACUUGCAGGGUCAUGAGCUCAAAGUUUAAAGGAUCGUACAGAAAAAUAGCUUGUUAUCACCCUAUUCUGAGAACCUGUUCAUGGAUUACAAUCAAACUUGAAUUUUUCAAAUUGCUUCUGUUUUGGUUUGUAAAAUUGCUCUGUGGCGAAGGCAUUAUUUUCGACUGCAUGCAGUCUAACAUCCAUCUAGUUUUACAAUCAGAUUGUAAAACAGCCACUUAGUGGAGAUCAUGAUUAAUCUAUUACUUCUCUAUAAGCUGCUAUUUUAAACCAAGAUUUUAUUAUGUUAUUCAUUGGAGGUUCCAUAGCAUUUCUUGGUAAGCGGUUAUUUAGUGUUCAUCACUGUGUUUUCUUGUAGUAGUCUCGCUAGAGAGUGCCUCAUGUUCAUUACAGCAUGCUGCUUCUGAUGAUAAUGUGUGCACGGUAUUAACCAGAUCUAAUCUAAACUUUAACUCAAUUUGACUUCUUACAAUUUAGUAGCAUUUUUUUAUAAUUUUUUUAUUUUAUUUGAAAAGGUUUUAUUAUAAUUGUAUACAAUUUACAUUGGCCAUAAUACAUACAAAUGUGGUUUGAUAUUCUCACAAAGUAUAAUAUACAGUAAAGCACUUUGUUAAAAUUCUUGAAAU